GAAGAAGAAGACACACUCCCGUCACCAACUUCCAAAAUGGCUGCGAACGCUAACAACACGGCUUCCCAACCUGGUAGCAGUGGCGGGGGAAAACAGUCCAGCCCCUCCGCCGAACAGGUGGUGGCAACAUUUCAGAGGAUGCGUCAGGAGCAACGCAACAUGGCCUCUAAAGCAGCCGAGUUAGAGAUGGAAUCGAAUGAACACAGCCUAGUCAUUGAGACCCUGAAGGGCGUGGAUCCAUCCCGGAAAUGCUUCCGUCUUGUUGGCGGCGUGUUGGUGGAGAGGACAGUGAAAGAAGUUAUGCCGGCAUUGCAGAGCAACAAGGAGCAGCUCUCCAAAAUAAUUGAGUCCAUCAACACCAAGAUGCAGGAGAAGGGGCGUGAACUCACAGAGUACAGAGAACGCUACAACAUUCGCCUGGUGGGCGAGGGAGAUGCGCAAGGCCAGUCGACGGCAUCCUCCAAAGAUAGUGAAGGAGGCGGCGGAGCUGGUGUUUUGGUUUCAUAGGGUUGUGAGGUGCCGCAGCCUAUCCCAGCUGACUUUGGGCAAAAGGCGGACUACACCCUGGAUUGGUCAGCAUUCAGUCGCAGGGCACGGAGAAACGAACAACCGUCUCACUCGCAUUCACACUUUCAUUGAGUGGGAAAUGAAGCCACGCUGCCUGUACCAAAGUCAGGCAAAUGUACUGCAUAGUAAAGGGUAAAUGUAUUGUGUAAAAAAAAAGAAAUUCACUUUUUUGAUGGUUAAACACACUGCAGGUUAAAUUGACCCCGUUAAUAUUUUUUAAAAUGAGAAAAACGGUUUUUUUUUAACUUUCUUUUUUUUGGGGGG